AUGUUCAGGCCAAGAAAGUGCUAUUUGGGUGGCAUAUUCAUGUUAUCAAUGCUGGGAAUAAUGUUCUACUUCCAUUUUCCUUGGGAUUAUAUUGAGGAAUCACUUUUAUCCGAAAGCCAACGGUUCCGAGAAACGAAAUCGGUCACAUCAGCCACAACAGAUGAACUGAAGGAUAUCGAAAUCAAUAAGCAAAUCUCGUUCCAAAAUUUCGAGACUUCAAAGUCACUGGGAAAAACUAAGAAUAUCGAUGUCCUCGAAAUUCAAAAUAUUUUUAAGAUCAAAAGACACAAUUACCGGGAGUUUAAGAUGACACAAGGAGCAACGGUUACGGACUACGGUCUACGGUUACCGAAGAGAAAUCGGAGUUCUACUCAGUUUUGGAACAAAACAAUUGCUAGUAAAUAUUUGAUGAAUGUCUCUGACCACAGCUGUGAACCAUUAUACCCCCAGGUGGUACUUUACAACAGGAUAUUUAAAACAGCAAGUACAACUAUGACCUCGUUUCUUGAAAAUUGUAGUAAAAGCCUUAAUUAUGGAAUAUUGAAAGAAGCCACGGAAGAAUGGUCUAACGAAAGAAAAUCUCAUCCAAUACUGCAGCGCAUUCAAAGCAAAGCGUAUCGGGAUCUACGAGAACGCAGACAACGUUUCAUAUCUCAUUAUUAUUAUGUAAGAAGCCCAAAUCGCUGGGGGGAAAAGCUUCGUAAGUUGAAAGCUUUGGGUCAUUGGAAUGUGACCCUGGAACAAUGCAUUGAAAAUCAGUACGAAGGUUGUAAAUGGAACACUAUGACCAGAUUCUUUUGCGGACCAGAUACGUUUUGUCAGAACGGAACCAGCCAAGCUCUGUCGCAAGCGAAGGCCAACAUGUUUCGUUAUUACUGCAGUAUUGGUUUAGUAGAAUAUUUAAAUGAGUUCACGGCUGUUUUGCACAAACGUUUGCCAAACUUUAUCUCAAAAUAUCACAAGAUAAUAGGCAAGAAAUUCGUAACAGUCGGUGUCGAGAGGAAACCAAUUAGUGAUAGUGUCAUGGCCAGACUAAGAAUGGUUAACAAUGCAGAUAUUGAACUGUAUAAUUACGCCAAAACUUUGUUCCUUAAACAAGCCGAGCAAUGUGGAAUAAAAGUAAAAUGA